AUGCCGGGCUCAGAUAAAGAAACCGACCUGACGGAGAGGAUUGAGGCGUUUCUGUCCGACCUGAAGCGGGGAGGGAGCGGGACCGGACCGCUGCGGGGAUCGGCGGAGACAGCCCGAGAAACGACCGCCCUGCUCCGGAGGAUCACAGCCCAGGCGCGGUGGAGCAGCGCAGGUGAUCUGAUGGAAAUAAUUCGCAAAGAGGGGAGGAGAAUGACAGCAGCCCAACCCUCUGAGACCACAGUAGGCAACAUGAUCAGAAGAGUCCUGAAGAUCAUUAGAGAAGAAUACGCCAGGUCUCGAGGAAGCAGUGAGGAGACCGACCAGCAGGAAUCUCUCCACAAGUUGCUGACGUCAGGAGGACUCAGCGAGGAAAACUUCAGACAGCAUUUUGCAGCACUCAAAGCCAAUGUUAUUGAGGCGAUCAAUGAAUUGUUGACAGAGCUUGAGGGGACGACUGACAAUAUCGCCAUGCAGGCCCUGGAGCACAUCCACUCCAAUGAGGUCAUCAUGACAAUCGGACGCUCACGCACCGUAGAGGCCUUCCUCAAAGACGCAGCACGCAAACGCAAAUUCCAUGUCAUUGUUGCAGAGUGUGCACCUUUCUGCCAGGGACAUGAAAUGGCAACCAGUCUCUCAAAAGCUGGCAUCGAAACAACUGUGAUUACAGAUGCUGCCAUAUUUGCAGUGAUGUCUCGCGUCAAUAAGGUCAUCAUUGGUACGCAGACAGUCCUAGCAAACGGAGGACUGAGGGCUGUCAAUGGGACACACACACUUGCCCUUGCAGCUAAACACCACUCAACACCUCUCAUUGUCUGUGCUCCAAUGUUCAAACUUUCACCUCAGUUCCCAAAUGAAGAGGAUACCUUCCAUAAAUUUGUUUCUCCCCAUGAGGUGCUACCUUUCACUGAAGGUGAGAUUCUCUCAAAGGUGAAUGUGCACUGUCCUGUGUUCGACUACGUCCCCCCUGAACUCAUCACACUGUUCAUCUCAAAUAUCGGAGGACAUGCACCGUCGUACAUCUACCGAUUGAUGAGUGAGCUUUACCACCCAGAGGACCAUGAACUUUAACCAGUGUUACAAAAGUUCAAUAAAUUAAAUUAAAUGGUUGAAAAAAUGUUGUUUGUGCUUCUUCU